UCCUCUGCUCGCUCCGCCCGAGGCCGGCCGGCCGCCGGGGCGCGGGGCCGGGAGGGGGAGCGGCUCUCCGGCCCCGCCGCCGCAUCCCCGCCGCAGCGGAAGCCGCACCCCCCCCAUCCCCGCCGCUGCCGGGGCCGGCCGGGCGCAGCCCCCCGGCGCAUCCCGCCCCCGCCGGGUCCCUGAUUGGCGCCGGAGGCCUCGGCUCCCCCCCGCGCCCCGCGCCCCGUCCCGCCGCUGCCGCCAUGAACCCGCUCUUCGGCCCCAACCUCUUCCUCCUGCCGCAGGAGCAGCAGGGGCUGCCGGGCCCCGAGCUGCCGCCGCCGCCCGCCCCGCGCCCCGCCGAGCCCCUCGGGGGGGAGCUGGCCGCCCCGCCGCCCGCCGGCCCCUUCCCCGCGCCGCCCGCCGCCAUGGCCCUCCGCAACGACCUGGGCUCCAACAUCAGCGUCCUGAAGACGCUGAACCUGCGGUUCCGGUGCUUCCUGGCCAAGGUCCACGAACUGGAGCGGCGCAACCGGCAGCUGGAGAAGCAGCUGCAGCAGGCGCUGGAGGAGGGGGGCGGCGGCGGGGGGAGCCGGGGCCGCGGACCCCCGCGCCGCGACCAGGCGGUGCAGACCGGCUUCGUCGGCCCCAUCCGCACCCUGGGGCUGGGGCUGGGGCUGGGACUGGGACCGGCCCGGGCGCUGGGUUCCCCCGGUUGCCGCCCCGGCGCCCCCGUCCAGCCGCCUCCUCCCUUCCCGGCCGCCUCCCGCUUCAUGCCCGGCACCAUCUGGUCCUUCUCGCAAGCCCGGCGGCUGGGCCCGGGGCCGGAGACCACCCUGGUGCAGGGACCGGGGGUCUCCUGGGUCCACCCGGACGGGGUGGGCGUGCAGAUCGACACCAUCACCCCGGAGAUCAGGGCCCUCUACAACGUGUUGGCCAAGGUGAAGAGGGAGCGCGACGAGUACAAGCGCAGAUGGGAAGAGGAGUACACGGUGCGUGUCCAGCUUCAGGACCGGGUGACUGAGCUGCAGGAGGAAGCCCAGGAGGCUGAAGCCUGCCAGGAGGAGCUGGCCAUGAAGGUGGAGCAGCUCAAGGCAGAGCUUGUUGUCUUCAAGGGACUGAUGAGCAAUAACAUCACGGAACUGGACACCAAGAUCCAGGAGAAGGCCAUGAAGGUGGACAUGGACAUCUGCCGACGCAUUGACAUCACUGCCAAGCUGUGUGACGUGGCGCAGCAGCGGAACUGCGAGGACAUGAUCAAGAUGUUUCAGUCUCUGCACUUGUCUCCCGUUAAGGUCCCAGCCUCGGUGGGGCGGAAGCGGGAGCGCAAGCAGGUCAGCGAUGAAGACACCUCUCUGUCGGAGAGCGAUGCCUCCCGAAAACCUGAAGAGGAAGAGGAGGAUGAGAGCACGGCCAUAAGUAUCAAUGAGGAAAUGCAGAGGAUGCUGAACCAGCUGAGGGAAUAUGACUUUGAGGAUGACUGUGACAGCCUCACGUGGGAGGAGACAGAAGAAACGCUGCUUCUCUGGGAGGACUUCUCUGGAUAUGCCAUUGCAGCUGCAGAGGUGCAGGGGGAGCAGGACGACAGCCUGGAGAAGGUGAUCAAGGACACAGAGUCACUGUUCAAGAGCCGUGAGAAGGAGUACCAGGAAACCAUCGACCAAAUAGAGCUGGAGCUGGCCACAGCCAAGAACGACAUGAACCGGCACCUGCAUGAGUACAUGGAAAUGUGCAGCAUGAAGCGAGGCUUGGAUGUGCAGAUGGAGACUUGCCGGCGGCUGAUCACCCAGUCUGGGGACAGAAAGUCUCCUGCCUUCACGCCGGCCUCCAACAGUGAGUCGGCCCCAAACGAGGAGAGCGAGGAAUCUGACCGCGACCCCCCCAGUGACGCUUCCAUCAGAUAAUGAGGGGAGGGCCUGCUCCCUUGGACCCCUUUCCUGGCAUGGGGGUGCCUGAGCCGCACCUGGGAGAGACUGUCAGGGACGUAGCGCCGCUGGUAAAUGUCUGUCAUCCAGGCUCAGUACUGUUUGGGGUGCUUGGCAGAUCCCGCACGCCCCCGCCACUGGAUGUCUUGCAAAUGGGAAUAGCUAGGUAGACCUGAGGGCCCUCGCCCAGGCUGCUCAGCCUCCAGCCCCGUCUCUAUUCCCUUCCCCGGCUUUGGUUAAACCACAGUUUUGGCAGGGAGGCUCCAAACCUGCCAUAGUGGCGUUCUCCAGGACCUCCCCCCAAGCCCACCCAGACCCAUCUCCUCUGGCCUCCGUCCUGGUGCACUUGACCUGCCCCCUGCCAUCCCUGCGUCACAUGGAGCCGAAUGAGAGCUGUACCUCCCUGCAAACUGGACCUGACACUGGUGCCAACUGGACUGAGCCUGGGGGUCUCUCUGUCCUUGCUGCUGGCCAGGUGCCCGGCCGGUCCCUGUGCUGCGCUGGGCACCCUGAGUACCCCCCACCUCUUCCCGGGUCGGGGCCAAGUCCCGCUCACCGUGCACUUUGCUUUGCCACACGUCGGCAGUGUGCUCACGUCUGUGUUACCGGGGUGAGGGGUCAUUAAACAGGACAGUUUCCUUUUCUA